CAUUAUUUUGACAUUUGUCGGCCCACAAAAUUUGCCAUAUUUUGUUUGCGUUGUGUAUAUGCGAACGCCAAAAACUUUAAAAUUUGGGAAGUUUUUAUGAAAUAUCGAUAAACUACUAUAAUUUUUCCAAAGUGUUAGUAGACCAGCAAUGGUAUUCUAUUUCUCCAGUAAUGUUGUUCAGCCGCCGGUGACCCUCUUCAUGGGAUUUGAUAAACGAAGAACUCAUUAAGUGGGGUUGGCCGGAGGAUGUGUGGUUCCAUGUGGAUAAAGUUUCAUCGGCGCAUGUGUAUUUACGAUUGCAACCGAUAUGUUGGGCCUCAAAGCAAUAAAAUUUUCAAUAGUUAUUACAACUUGAUCGGUUUCCAGGGCCAAACACUCGAUGACAUCCCGUCAGUUGUAUUGGAAGAUGCUUGCCAGCUGGUUAAGGCCAAUAGUAUUAACGGUAAUAAAAUGAACAACAUCGACAUCGUUUACACCAUGUGGGAGAAUCUCAAGAAGACCCCGGCUAUGGAAGUUGGCCAGGUUUCAUUCCACAAGGACAAGGAGGUUCGUAAGAUGCGCGUCGAGAAACGAGUCAAUGAGAUCGUUAACCGACUCAACAAAACCAAACGUGAGGAACAUCCAGACUUCCGAGCGGAACGGGAAUGGAUUCUGACCGAAUAUACCGAAUAGAAUUUAUGUACAUAUAUUAAAUAUGUUAA